CGCAUGCUUCAAGCCCAUAGCAACCAUCAAGCGACUUAAAUAGUAACCAGAGGUUGCAUAUGGCCUCAAAACAUUAACAUCGACGAAGAUUUGGGAAGUCUGAAGACUAGGUACCCAUCAGCAUGGAUUCUGACAGCUUAUACCUGGAUAUUGACUUCGUAGGAACUAGCGGAAUAAUUCUCAGCCCCGAACAGAAGGCUGCGUUACAAACGUCGCUGGUGAUCUUGCGGAAUGAAAAUAAGUUCAGCAAAGUCUACCUUUGGGGUAAAAUAUUGGGCAUAAAAGAGGACUAUUUCAUAGCUCAAGGAACCGGCAAGGAUGAAUUUGUUGGUAGAAAAACAUUUUACAGCAAGGACUGUGUCCACUGGGGCCUAUUGCCACCUCCAACACCAGAGAUGAAAGCUCAAAGUAAGCUGGCCAAGGGGCGAUUUACUGGCGACCCAGCCUAUGAAUUUGAACACACAGAAACGAAGAAGACUGGAGAAGGAGAGGAUGCCACUGAAGAAGAGGAAACAAUUACAAUCAAAGAAGAGGACCGACUGUCCACUGUAAUUGCUGAGAUUGAUGAAGAUGUGAAGAUUGUUCCAAGAGCAGCCUUUGUCAAGUAUCCAACUGGACAAGUGGUGGCAAACAGAAGCUUUGAAGGAUUAACGGUAUCUGAGGCUUCCAAACUCGGUUCUUACAUGCACUUCCGAGAGCCAUACCGACUUAAUGAGAAAUCCCUGCUAGAAAAAGCAAACCUGGAAAAGUCAAUAGAUUUCCUAGACACCUUGGAAGAGGAUAUUCCUAGAGGUUCUUGGAGUCUGCAGUUUGAGCGGGGCAGUGCGCUAGUCUCCUUGAGGAGUUUGCUCUGGCUAGGCUACACCUUCUACCAUGUGCCUGGCUCUCGCCGCUUUGGCUCAGUGUACGUGGGGCUGGGAGAGAGGAACUUGGACCUCCCAUUUAUGCUGUAAGGUCACAUACUGAACACUCUACAACUUAAUCUGUGAUUUACAGUUUCUGUUUCUGCAUGACGACUGUUCAUAGCAUCCUCUGAGUUUAUGUACAUACAAUUCAUAUGUCCUCAUCUUAUUUAUGUCAAUUAAACAAUGUACCGGAAAUUUUAA